AUGCUACAUAUCUGACCCCCGAGGGCAAAGCGGGAAUCCUCAGUGAUGGAGGGUAUUUAUGCCAAUGUUGAAUUUGAAAAACUUGUGGACUUCACACCGAGGACCAAUCAGACAGGUCCCAGGAGCCCAAGGAGCAGACCUCAUGGAGCUGUUGCUGUCUCUCUGGGGCUGCUCAGUGUCCUCCUGCUGGUUGGACUCGUCUGUCUCGGUGUCCACUUGCAUGCCAGUGGAGACAAGCUGUCCUCAGUGUCUGCAGAGAGAGACCAGCUGAAGGACAACUUCACUGCACUGAUGGACAACUUCACUGCACUGAUGGACAACUUCACUGCACUGAAGGACAACUUCACUGCACUGACCCAAGAGAAGGACAGACUUCAGCUCCUGUUGAAACAGAAGAAAACGUGUCCUGAAGGCUGGAGGAUGUUCAGUGGUUCCUGUUAUCUUCUCUCUACACGGGCUGAUUCCUGGACUAAUGCCAGAACAGACUGCACAGACCAAAGAGCAGAUCUGGUGAUCAUAGACUCACUUGAAGAACAGAAAUUCCUCUCACUCAUGACCACACAAUUUAGUUGGAUUGGUUUGAGUGACAAAGACAUCGAGGGCACGUGGAAAUGGGUUGAUGGAACUCUGCUGACUGAGACGUACUGGUCCAUUCAGCCUGAUAACGGGGGAGGAGAUCCCCGGUGGGGGGAGGAGGACUGCGCUCACCUGAAACCUGGCCACAACGCACAAUCAAACUGGAAUGAUCUGUCGUGUGACGCUGCUCUGCGAUGGAUCUGUGAGAAACUGCCUUAAUAAUAAACACAUAAUUUGUAAAGUGUGAUUGUGUUUUGGCAAAAAGCCUUUAAUGGUGUCGUUGUAUGUUGCAUUUAGAGAAAGAAGGAGACCAUGUAAGGGCUGAGAGGUCAGGUAUCUGGGUCUUAUUUAAGUCUUUUUAUUAUGAUGCAUCUGUAGUGUGUGUCUGUAUGUGUGUGCUGGUGAUUUUGGUAUCAAAGAAACAAAGCUGCAUGUUGUACUGAACCUAUAUUUUAAUAAAAAAGCUUCACGCUGAAAUGCAUUUAUUAGAGCAAUAAAGGCGACCUGAGUUUUCAUUAAUUACGUCACAUUCCCCAAUGCACCCAGCUAGUAUGAACAUCUCCUCAUGUCCCUCAAUAACUACUAGAAUACAGUCC